UCCCACGUUCAGCCGGAGGGCCAGCUUCUGCACGCCCACGCCUGCAGGUGGUUGAAGAAAACUGCCUCCAGCGUCUCCUAAGCGGGGCAGCAGAAACCCAGCCACCAGCUCCCCCUCAGAACUGCGUCACAAGCCCCCUGCGAACGUUCACGGGGCACCUGGUUCUGGCCCGAACCCAGCCUCCGUGCACAGGAACGACCUCGACUCCAAUUGGCUGUCGCCCAGGGCAACCAAGGACGCGGUGGCACGCGGGGCCUCCCGCCGGUAUUUAAAGGCUGUCGUUGCCCGCGCCCCCUCAGUCCGGCCAGGACGCUGGCGGAGACGCGCCUGGGUUGAGAGGGAGCAUCAAGCGCCAGCCCCACCCAACCCACCUGGGCGAGGCCACCCGGGUGCGAAGGACAAGAGAUUCCCGCAGAAGAGCGGGUGAGCGAGCGGAGAAGAGGGUCUCUCUGGAGGGUAAGGCCGGAUCUCAGGCAGGCACGUGGUGCUGUGCGGAGGGACACUGGGUGACGAGGCGGCAGAACCUCGGAUCUGGCCAAAUUUGAGGACAGCUUUUAGGACGCUUCCACCUAGACCUCUCGGAGCUCCCUGAGCCAUGACCCAGACCCUCAAUAAAAGGGAAGCCCCCCUUAACCUGGGCGGCGGCUGGGCAUCCUCUGCUCCGUCUCGCACUUGGUCCUCCUGCCACCGAAGGCGCAGGGGCGCCCCGAUUUACAAGCGGCGGCAACACUAUGGCCCCAAGUCUGAGUAUGAGCCCCAGAGGAAGCAGCAGAAGCCACGGUACGGCCCGGGCCCUUGGUUCCAACCACCCCAGAGUCCUUAUUGGAGCAUGUACUCUAACUGGGGGUGCUGGGGAGGGCCCUGGUGCCCACCUCCAAUGGGAUACCGGAAGCCCCCCAGCCCUGGGCUGGUGGCCCGAAUGUACGGUCUGCACCCAGUCUGCCUUUGCUGCUGCUUCUGCUGGCGUGGGCCCUGGAACCCCGGCUGGGCGAGGGCCCCUGUCCGCAAGAAGCGCUGGGGCCGCAGGGGCCGAGGCCUGCGCCGCCAGCCUAGCCGCCCGGUCCCAAAGAGCCCAUCCGUGGAGGUGAGCCCCCUGCUGCAGCCUGUCAACCUGUAUGGGUGGCGGGCGCCCGGCUUGCAGGCGCCCCGCAACACCACCCAGUUCAUCAUGAACCAGAUCUACGAGGACAUGCGGCAGCAAGAGAAGCUGGAGCGCCAGCAGGAGGCGCUGCGGGCUCAGCAGGCCCAGGAAGGUGGAAACGACGCGCCUCCCAGUGGGGAUGAGGAAGACGCGGAGCUGCAGGACGCUUUGUAUGGCUUUGGGCAGAAUCCCUCUCUGGCCUUUAGUCCUGCCCCGGAGGAAGAGGAAAACCAUUCUCCGGCCCCACAGCUGGUGGAUGAAGAGGAAGAGGAGAAAUACGAUGAUGAGUGUGAUGAGGAGGAGUGUGAUGGGAAAGACGAAGAGAGUGAGGAAGAGGAGAGUGAGGAGGAGGAAGAUGAAGAGGCAGAGGCCCAGGAUGAAGAGGAGGUGGAAGAGGCGGAGGAGGAGGUGGAAGAGGAGGAAGCAGAGGAAAUAGAAGAGGAGGAGGGGCUAGAGGAGGAUGAGCAGAAAGAGGAAGAGAAUCAUUUGCCUCUGGAAAUGCCCUUAUCAUUCCUGAUGGCUGAGGAGGAGAGAGCGAACUUUAUAGACUGUUCUUCUUUAAGCCCAGCAUAGGUCAUUCCGAAAGUGUCACAGGAGGCUCUCCUCAUGUUACAGGACACUGUUAGAAAGGGAUUUGAGGAAUGGGAUGGAUUAGCAACAUAUUAAAAACUAAUUUAAAAGUGAGUUCCAUUAAUAAAAAUAUCCAUGUAAACCCUUUCUUUGGCCAUUAUAAAAAUUUUAAAAAUUGAUGUGUUUGUGUGUGACUGUGGGUGGGGGAAGGGGAGCUUUCAAACAUAAUUUUUAAUUCAAAAUGAUUAAAGGCCAAAUAUUUUAUUA